UCGGUCCUUGAAAGAUUAUUCGCGAUCGGAAACUCGGCGCACGGAUAAUUGUGCUCUCAUUUGUGUGAAAUAUUUUCAACAAGAUGCCGCGUCCGAUUUUGUACUCGACGAUUGUCAGCCAGCCCUGCCGAGCUGUACUCCUCACCGCGGAAUCUAUUGGACUGGAGCUGGAAGUUCGCGAGAUCAGUUUGGUAGGGGAAGAUCAGCUCAAGGAAAGCUAUCAAAAAAUAAAUCCUCAACAUACCGUGCCGACUCUGGAUGACAACGGCGACAUCAUUUGGGACAGUCAUGCAAUCAUGUGCUAUCUGGUCGAGAAAUACGGACAAAAUGACUCUCUCUACCCGAAAGACUUGAAAAAGCGGGCGCUUGUGGAUCAGCGCUUGCACUUCGACAGCGGAAUCCUCUUCUCCCUUCUGCGGCAAAUAUCCUACCCAAUAUUCUACGAUAAUGUGAAGAUAGUACCGGAAGAAAAAAUAAAACUGGUGAAGGAGGGCUACGACUUCUUGAGUAAAUUUUUGGAGGGAAAAAAAUGGCUUGCGGGGGAUUCCUAUACUCUGGCCGACAUCAGUUGUGUCACUACACUGACUAGUUUGAAUGCUUUGGUGCCGAUCGAUGUCUACCCCAACAUCGUGCGUUGGGUAAAAACUUGCGAGGAUGAGAUUCAAGGGUACGCGAGACUCGGAGCCCCUGGGAAUAAGCUGUUCCGCGAGAAGAUCCAAGGGCAUUUUCUUGACAACUUAAACUUAAACAUGCCCUCUCCGAUAUUGUACACGACGGACAUCAGUCCGCCCUGUCGUGCAGUCCUUCUCACGGCUGAAGCUAUCGGCUUGAAGUUGGAAAAACGCGAAACGAAUUUAUUUACGGCAGACACUCUGAAAGAAAACUUCCAAGAGAUGAAUCCUCAGCAUACUGUCCCCACUUUGGACGACAACGGCGACAUCAUUUGGGACAGUCAUGCUAUCAUCUGUUACUUGUCCGACAAAUACGGAAAGGACGACUCUCUGUACCCGAAGGAUCUGAAGAAGAGGGCCCUCAUCAACCAGCGCUUGCACUUCGAUAGCGGAAUUCUGUUCGCUCUCCUGCGCGGAAUAGCCUUUCCCAUAUUCAAGCACGGCGUAACGACAGUUCCCGAGGAUAAAAUACAACUGGUGAAGGACGGCUACCACUUCAUGAACAAAUUUUUGAGCGGAAAGAAAUGGCUCGCCGGGGAUUCCUACACCCUCGCGGACAUCAGUUGUGUUUCUUCAGUCAGCAGCAUGGAAGCGUUCGUACCCGUUGCGCCGUACGCCAAUGUCGCCCGUUGGCUGAAAACCUGUGAAGAUGAACUGCCCGAAUAUGCAAGAUUAAACGUCCCUGGGAAUAAUCUUUUUCAUCAAGUGAUGAAGUCAAAAUUGCAGCAAUAAAUUUGAAGUAGAUUGACAGAGUGCGUUUUAUCGUCCCCUGAGGUCCGAGGGUCUUCACUCAUAAUAAAAACAAUAUAAAAAAUUAUAAAACAGUUUAUUAUAAAUUUAAUAGUCUAUUAAAAUUAUAAAUUAUAUAAUAGUCUAUUAAAAAUUUAUAAAACAGAAAAAUGAUGAAAUAAAAAUUAGUCCUAAAACGUUCCGUUAUUCCCUCAAACUAAUGAUAUUGUUACGUAGAGCACAACAAUCGCAACAAUCUGUCUAAUCGCAGAGUAUUUGUACACCUUUAUAAAAAUAAAAAUCCAUUAAAGAUUAUUCUCCAA